CCCCGGAGACUUGCAGGAGUCCUGGUGUAGAGAAGCACCUCCUUCCGUGGAGGCUGCCGUGUUCCCGGGUAUGCCGCGUGAACACCAGCUCCGGUAGCCCGAGCGACCACGAGCAUCUGCUUAGGACCAGGCCUGUUGGGGACAGCCGGGUCGGUACGGCUCAGAACCCCCACGGGCCUGUGCGCACGUGCACACACACACACACACAUGCACGCGCGAAAUAAACGGGAAACUGUAACAGUCCAAGGCUCCAGACAUCACUAGAUGGCAUGGGCGUGAGGCUGGUCGCGCUGUCACUUCUCAGAUGCCCAGUGCCUUGCACUCCGGGACCUGCCCUCAAAUCCUUUGUGGAGCCGCAGGUGCUGGGAAUGGCGUCGGGUACCUGCCAUGGCGGAGCACGGCCGCGGGGUGGCGCUGUGGGCGGCGGCAUUGGGUCAGCAAGGCCUCUUGUGUAGGGCUGGGCGAUUCCACACCAUGCCCCGCCAACAUUAAGGUUCCUGUUGCUGCAUUUGUAACUGCUGCAAAAAUGCCACCAUGUCACCAACAUGAAGAAGAGACAUUCUUCCUCAUUGCCAAAGGCCAGCUGGAAACUUUACCCAGCAUCUGGAACUCACCUACCAAACAGCUGUCUGUUGGCAUGCCUUCGAAACGGUGUAACUUCUACUUGAGUCCCUUCCCUAAUGGGUCCUUACGGAAGAAAAGGAAGCAUGCACCGUUUGCAUUCACUGAGAAGAGUGUGUGGUCAGCAGCUGGGAUUGGGAAGAGGGAUUGAGGUUUUCUAGAGAAGUCCUAGGAUGAGAGCAAGAGACAUUCUGGGUGGCCGGAGUGACAUCCCACAGGGUCUUGGUAGGUGACAGGCACAUCUUCCCUGUGUGAGUGGAGUAUGCUGGGCUAGCUAACUCAUUUUUAAAAGCAAUCUCUGAAAAAUAUUUUUCCCUUUAGUGCCUGUGAUGAUGGAUGAAGCCCUGAACUACCUAGAAAAGAGACAGGUAUCACACUUCUCUUUCAAUGUCACACCUCCAGUUAAAACUGAAGCAGGUCACCAACUGUAGACCCUGAGCUAGGAGCACUGUGGGAGGCAGGCCCAGCAUGCAGCAUGCUCCCUCCAGAGGCAGACAAAUCAGGAAGCUGGCAUUUCUCUGAUGUACCCUCUCCCACCUCCUAAUUCUCUCUUGCCUGGUGAUAUAGAUUGUGUGCCAGUGAAUAUGUGCGGGCUCACUUCUGUGACAUCUUUACAAAGAGGUGUAUGUGUGUGCGUAUAUUCAUGUAUAGAGAUCCAUUGGAGUCUUUAUAAAAUAGUCUGUAUAACUUUGUUUCUCAGAUGAAAUCACAUUGAUUAAGUGAUGAUGUAGAUGUAAUUCUAAACAGUCUUAUUAAAUGAGAAACACAGAGCCAAAUAAAGAGUUAAAAGCCCAAGAGGUCAGAGCACUAGUGAAGCUGUUAGCUUACCAGCUGCUGCCGUCCUUCCCCUGAAUGAGAGACCUCCUGUGUGACUGCCAUUUUAUUGCCAUUCUGUUCUGCCUUCUCGUGGGCUCUAAACCCAA